AUGGAGUUGGGGGAUUAUGAACAGCCCGUUGUUAUGAGAGAGGAAAAUAAACGAAGGAGAAGAAGAAUGAAACCUCACUGCACAUCGAGUAAUUUGUCAUCAAUGGAACUAAUAUCCAUUGAGUUCAUUUUACCUACAAGCAACAAACAUACUAAAGUACCGGAAAUGAUGUUACUCGAAAUAGCUGGCAACUGUACAGUUGAGCAAAUGAAAGCACAGAUUUGGAUGCGUGCAAUAGAGAUGAGUCAAACCACAGACUUCUACCAUGCCUUUACCCCAGAUCAAUUUAUUCUGCAGUAUCAGAAGAAAGGGCAAUGGUAUGAAAUUUAUGAUAAACAUCAAGUAUUACAGACAUUGGACUGCAUACUGUACUGGAAAGUGUUACAGAAAAAGGUAGGCAAGAUCUAUGUUGUCCAGAAACAAAAACCAUCAGAAGAAGUUCAGGAAUUUCAGCGGCAGCUUAACGAUUUAAUUGGUUAUGACGUCACUGAUGUAAGCAAUGUACAUGAUGAUGAACUGGAAUUUACCCGUCGCAGAUUAGUCACUCCACGAAUGAUAGAGGUAGCCUGUAGAGAUCCUAAAUUGUAUGCAAUGCACCCAUGGACCACAUCUAAGCCACUCCCAGAAUAUUUAUUUAAAAAGAUCGCUAAUAAUAACAUUUUCAUAAUCAUACAUAGAGGAACAACUAGCCAAAAAAUUAAAGUGUCAAUAGAUGACACUCCAGAUAUGAUUCUCCACAGCUUUUUCACAAAAAUGGCAAAGAAAAAGUCUUUGAUGGACAUUCCUGAAGAUCAUAGUGAACUGGAUUUUGUUCUCAGGAUUUGUGGCAGAGAUGAGUACAUUACUGGAGAGACACCAAUCAAAGAUUUUCACUGGAUAAGACAAUGCCUUAAGAAUGGGGAAGAAAUCCACCUUGUCUUAGACAAUCCCCCUGACCCAAAUGAGGAUGAGGUUCAGAAAGAAGAGUGGCCUUUGGUGGAUGACUGUACGGGAGUUACAGGGUAUCAUGAACAAUUGACAAUAGAUGGAAAAGAUCAUGAGAGAGUUUUCACUAUCUCCUUGUGGGAUUGUAAUAGGAAAUUUAGGGUGAAAAUAAUUGGCAUUGAUAUCCCAAUUUUACCAAGAAAUACCGAUCUUACUGUGUUUGUGGAGGCUAACAUUCAGCACGGGCAACAGCUUCUGUCACAGAGGAGGACUUCAUCAAAGCCUUUUACUGAGGAGGUUCUGUGGAAUAUUUGGUUGGAGUUUGAUAUCAAAAUCAAGGAUUUGCCUAAAGGAGCACUCCUGAAUCUUCAGAUAUACUGUGGCAAAGCACAGGGACUAUCCACAAAGACGAACCUUCAGUCACAUGAAUCCCCCAACUCUGAUUCAAAAUGCAAAACUCAGCUUCUCUAUUAUGUAAAUCUUUUGUUGAUAGAUCACCGUUUCCUGCUACGAAGUGGGGAGUAUGUGCUCCACAUGUGGAAAAUUCCAGGCAAGGGGGAAGAACAAGGAAGUAUCAAUGCGGACAAACUCACAUCAGCAACUAACCCGGAUAAGGAAAACUCAAUGGCUAUUUCUAUCGUGCUGGACAAAUACUGUCACCCAAUUGCCUUGCCCAAGCACAGGAUAACACCAGACCCCCAAGGGGAUAGGACACGAGCUGAAAUGCCUAACCAGCUUCGCAAGCAACUUGAAGAGAUCAUCGCAACUGACCCACUUAAUCCACUUUCUCCUGAGGACAAAGAACUGUUGUGGCACUUUAGAUAUGAAAGCAUAAAGCACCCCAAGGCGUACCCUAAGCUGCUUAGCUCUGUGAAGUGGGGACAACAAGAAAUAGUGGCCAAAACAUACCAGUUGCUAGCUAAGAAGGAGGUUUGGGAUCAAAGCACUUUAGAUGUUGGACUCACAAUGCAGCUUCUGGACUGUAACUUUUCAGAUGAAAAUGUCCGAGCAAUGGCAGUUCAAAAACUGGAAAGUUUAGAAGAUGAUGAUGUUCUUCAUUAUCUUUUACAGCUUGUGCAGGCUGUGAAAUUUGAGCCAUACCAUGACAGCGCAUUAGCCAGAUUUCUGCUAAAACGGGGUUUGAGAAACAAAAGAAUUGGUCACUUCUUGUUUUGGUUCUUAAGAAGCGAGAUUGCCCAGUCCAUGCAUUAUCAACAGAGGUUUGCAGUCAUCCUAGAAGCCUAUCUUAGGGGCUGUGGAAAAGCAAUGCUACACGAUUUCAUGAAGCAGGUUCAAGUAAUUGAAUUACUACAUAAAGUCACAAUGGAGAUAAAAUCAGUUUCUGCAGAAAAGUAUGAUGUCACUUCUCAAGUUAUUGCACAGCUGAGACAAAAGCUUGAAAAACUACAGAGCAGCAAACUUCCAGAAAGUUUUAGAGUUCCAUAUGAUCCUGGGCUACGAGCAGGAGCCCUAGUGAUAGAAAAAUGUAAAGUAAUGGCAUCUAAGAAAAAGCCCCUCUGGCUUGAGUUUAAAUGUGCAGAUCCAACAACUCUAUCAAAUGAAACCAUAGGCAUAAUCUUCAAACAUGGAGAUGACCUCCGUCAGGACAUGCUUAUAUUACAGAUUCUUCGAAUUAUGGAAUCCAUUUGGGAAGCAGAAUCCUUGGACCUCUGUUUGUUACCGUACGGUUGUAUUUCUACAGGGAACAAAAUAGGUAUGUGA